AUGGACGCCCAUCUGACCUUUGAGGCCCACAUUAAACAGCUGUGCAAGAACUCCUUUUAUCACCUCAGGAACAUCGCCAAACUCCGCCCCACACUCACUCUGUCCGACGCCGAAAAGCUGGUCCACGCCUUUGUCUCCUCCAGGCUGGACUACUGCAAUGCACUCCUCAUCGGGAUCCCUAACAAAAGCAUCAAGAAGCUCCAGUACAUACAGAACAGCGCUGCUAGGAUCCUGAUGAGGGUGUGGGGAUUCUUCGGCUUCAUCUGCUUCACCGCGGCCGUUAACACAACACACAGCCCGGCCCCGGACCCCUCCUACCUGCUGUUGGCCCCCCGCUCUCUCCGCCCCGGGGUCGCGACCACGCUCUCCGUCUCCCUGCUGACCCACUCCUCCUCCGUCAACGUGUCCGCUCUCAUCCGGCACAAAGACCUCAUCCUCAGCUCAAACACCACCAUCGUCUCUGGAGGGUCGACCCAGCUGCUGACUCUGCCACCUAUCCCAGAGAGCGAGUCCAGUUACUGGAGCACGUACCAGCUGGAGGUCAAAGGUCACCGGGGCAGCGAGGAGGUUUUCUCCAACUCCUCUCAGCUGCACUUUAACCCCAAAGGCUCCUCCACCUUCCUCCAGACGGACAGGAGCAGCUACCUGCCGGGACAGGUGGUGAAGAUCAGAGCCGUCUCAGUGCUGCCUGACGGGAAGCCCCUCCAGAGACCACUGAACAUCACCAUCAAGGACCCCCGGGGGAAUCUGCUCCGUCAGUGGCUGGACGUGGAGGGGGUCCUCGGGGUCGUCUCCACAGAGUUCCAGCUCUCUGAAAACCCUCCUCUGGGGAAAUGGUGCAUCGUCGCCACCAUCAACAGGGUCUCAAGUGAGAAGUGUUUCCAUGUGUUAUAUUACGAUCUGCCGAAGUUUGAGGUGGUGACAAACGCUCCGAGUGUUAUCCUGCGUGGAGAAACCCUGCGAGGCUCCGUCAGAGCAAAGUACGUGUAUGGAAAGCCCAUUCAGGGACACAUGAAUAUAACGUUUAUUCAUAAGUUCAACCAUUUUCAAGAUGCUUAUACCGACGAAGGAAAAGAGAUUGACGGGGAGGCGGACUUCCUGUAUGAAGUUCCCGACUACAGCUACCGUCCGAGGAGCAUACGACAGUCAGAGAUGUUCUACCCGAGAUAUAUGGAGGAUAGUUUAGAAAUCAUUGUUAACGUCACUGAACACCUCACAGGCCUCACAUAUAGCAGCAAGACAAACGUGUCGUUGGCAAAGUACAAAUAUGAGAGUUCAUUUCAGGACCAUCCAAAAACACUACGGCCCUCUCUGAUGCUCCCUGUCACGCUGAAAAUAUCCACGUACAACGACGAGCCGCUGUCAAAGGAGGAUCAGAGAAAGACUGUUAAGGUGUCGGUGAUGCAGCGAAAGCGAAAUCCAUGGAGCUGGUGGUUCGCGGAUAGAGAGAGAGUGGGACGUCCACGAUUAGAGGAAGAAGAGAAGAUGGUGCUCGAAGAAAUGGAGUUCCCCGUCCCAGCAGACGGAUUAAUACCCCUCAACAUCCAGAUAAAGAACGACACUGAAACGCUCACCAUUGAUGCGUUUUUUGAGGACAGCCAUUCCACUCUACGGCUGUACAGCAUCUACAAAUCGCCCAGUCACUCCUACCUGCAGAUUAAAACACCUGAACCUCCACAGGUUGGUUCCCCCUUGGAGCUUCACAUUGACAGCAACUUUCCAAUGUCUGAGGUUCACUACAUAGUGAUGUCCAGAGGUCAGGUGGUUUCUGCUGGGAAAAGCUCUGGUGUUGUAGUCCUUUCCCCAGAAUCCACCUGGGCUCCUGUGGCCUGCAUCAUCGUUUACUGCGUGCAUCCCAGUGGAGAGAUCGUUAACAAUGUCAUGCAUUUACCCAUCACACAAACUCUACAAAACCAGGUGUCUCUGAGUUGGAGUGAAUCAAAGAGGGAGCCGAAGGAAGAAGUCACUCUGAAGGUGAAAGUGGCAGAAAAACAGUCUCUGGUCGGGAUCCUGGUGGUCGACAAGGCCUCAAAGUUAUUGGGAUCUAACGACAUCACCAUGAAGAGGGUGCUGAAGGAGAUGAAGGAGUACGGCGUUUCAACGGCCGACACCCACUAUGGGGAGAUGACAAUGGGAGAUCCGUACUCCGUCUUCAAGACAUGUGACCUUGUGGCAUUGACUGACGCCACUUUAAACAUGAGGUGGAAUCCACUGAGGCCUGAAUUUGAGGGCGAGGGAAUAUUUAAUGACAUGGUAUUCAAAUAUGACGAUUCAAAUAUGGAGCAUCGAGUGGAGCCACGAGAGCGCUGGAACUUUCCGGAGACCUGGAUCUGGAUGGACAAAUACACAGGGGAUUCAGACUCAGCAGAUAUUACUCUGACUGCACCUGACAGCAUCACAACGUGGGAAGCCACCGCCUUCGUCAUGUCUGAGAACCUCGGCCUGGGCAUCGUAAACAUGCCUGCUAAGCUCACAGUGUUCCAGGAUUUCUUCCUGUCCUUGAACGUGCCGUCGUACAUCAUCCGAGGAGAGGAGCUUCUGCUGGAGAUCGUUCUGUUCAACUACCUCUCUCAGGACCUGGAGGUCAGGGUGAUUGUUGCCGAGAAUGACACCUUUGAGUUUGUGUUCCCGGACAAUGGAGAGCUUCCGAUGCCAAAUGUUCGCAAAGUGUCCGUUGUGAGUCAGCGCGGCGCAUCUGUCCUCAUUCCCAUCAGGCCGCUGGUCCUCGGGGAGAUCAGCGUCUCCGUGAAAGCUCUGUCAGCGGCGGCGUCCGACAUGUUGACCAAGACGGUGCUCGUCAAGGCUGAAGGUCUCGAGCAGUCGUUCUCCUCCUCGAUGCUUCUUGAGGUUUCUCCGUCUCAGCCGAGUGUUUCCAGAGAGAUCAGCUUCUCCUUUCCUGCAGACGUUGUUGAGGGCAGCGAGAGAGCCACAGUAACCGUCGGUGGGGAUAUUCUCGGCCCGUCCAUCAGCGGUCUCGGUUCUCUGAUCCGGCUGCCGUACGGAUGCGGGGAACAGAACAUGAUCCACUUCGCUCCGAAUAUCUUCGUCCUGCAGUAUCUGAAUGCUGUGGGGCGGGCGGACCCCGAGACCACCACCAGAGCCACUGACUUCAUGAAGAAGGGUUACGAGAGAGAGCUGUCCUAUCAGAGAGACGACGGCUCCUUCAGUGCGUUUGGAGACAGGGACUCCUCUGGAAGCACCUGGCUCUCAGCGUUCGUGCUGCGAUGUUUCCUUCAGGCGCGGCCCUUCAUCAGCAUCGACCCCCACGUGCUGCAGGGAGCUGCUGUUUGGCUGAGGGCCCAGCAGGGGAAGGAUGGGAGAUACCUGGAGCCGGGGAGGGUGAUUAACUCCGGGCUGCAAGGAGGCCUCGAUGGCCCCGUGUCCCUCACUGCCUACGUUUUAAUCGCCCUGCUGGAAGACAGCGACAUCAGGGCUGAGUACAGCGGUCAGGUAUCUUCUGCUCUGGAGUUCCUGGAGACUCGUCUGGCUCUCGGUGUUUCCAGUAACUACAGCCUCAGUCUGCUCUGCUACGCCCUCGCUCUGUCCAACAGCUCCACCGCAGAGACGGCUCUGAGCCAGCUGAUUGGACGAGCUGAGAUGAGAGACGGUGUCCCAAUGUGGUCUUCGUCUGACGCCGGCGUAUCUUCAUCGUGGCAACCUCUCUCCGCCGACAUCGAGAUGUUGUCGUACGUUCUGUUGACUCAGCACAAACUGGGCCUCAUCGCAGACGGGAUAAAGAUCAUGAAGUGGCUCGGCACUCAGAGGAACCACCUGGGGGGAUACGGGACCACGCAGGACACGGUGGUGGCUCUGCAGGCUUUGUCCACGUUUGCAGCUGGAACGACUCACGACUUUGACCUCGUCGUCACUGUGGAAACAGACAACUCGACCCCUGGCAUCUCCUUCAACAUCAACCAGGAAAACUACCUGCUGCACCAGAGCCAGGAGAUUGAAACCAUGGAGAUUCUGAGCCUGCAGGUGUCUGCUGAAGGUCAAGGACUGUCCCUGAUUCAGCUGAACGUGUUCUACAACAUCAGGAGUGACGGGACGAUGAAGAGGGGGAGGCGAAAUGCCGAAGAUCACGAGGCGUUUCAUCUGAACGUGGAGCUGUUAGAUCCCGAGAUUAACUCUGCACAACUGUUGAUCUGCAGCAGCCUGUCGGAGUCUCUGGGUGUUAACUCCACUGGGAUGGUGCUCCUGGAGGUGGGUUUGCUGAGCGGUUUCGCCCUCAAGCAGAACGGCCUGCAGACCAAUGACUUAAUAAAGAAUGUGGAGACGCAGCCGGGGAAAGUCAUCCUGUACCUGGACUCUAUGACGGCAGAAGAGGAGUGUUUCACCAUCCCUCUGGUCCUGGAGUAUAAAGUGGGAAAGGUCCAGGAAGCAAGCGUGGUCAUCUAUAGUUAUUACGAACCAAGACAAAGGACGGUGAGGACUUAUCGGUCCGAGUGGAGAGGAAACAUGUCGACCUGCUCCUUCUGCGGAGAGGACUGUGAUCAAUGCAGACCUCAGGAAAAUGAUGAUGGCAACAUUUUGUCCAGCGGCAGCCAUAACCUCCUGAUGAGCAGCUCAUAUCCAGCUCUGCUCGUCCUCCUCAUCAUCACCAUCUUCAGCGUGUAGAGAAAGGUCUGAAGAUGUUAGUUUCCAAAUGUAAACUGUGUAAACAAACAACUUGUUUUAAAAGAAAAUGCAUUGGUUACAGUCGUCUGAUAACAUUCUGUACAUAUUAGCGAUGUUUAACUUUGAUAAUGCAGUGAACAUGAAAUGAUCCUAUAGUUAUAUAUUUGUGUAUGUUAACAUUACAUUUAAAUGAGUAAUGCCAAACAGUCUCGUAGUACUAACAACACUAAGCCUUUUAGCCUCCUUUAGCUCUUGUUAUGGUUGUACGAUACGUUUUGGUUUAACCUCAUUUCCAGCAGCUUAAACGAGCUGUUUUCAUACAAACAGAUGUAAAAGAUAACUUUUCAGACACAGAGACUUACAGGUGAACAUAGCCGAGCAUUUAGCAGCUCAAUGGGUGGAGACCAAAAACAGAGCUAAUUACAUUCAUCAGGCGAACACAACACGACUUUAUUAAGAUGAUCAUGUAGUUUUCUGUCUGUUAAAAGUGCAAGUAGAUACCUUUAUAAGCCGACUUUGUGUUUGUUAGAUUGUUUUUGAGUCUUGUGGGGUAUUGUUCUGGGUUGUGAUUAUGACAUAAAGCAUCAUG